CUCCCGGCCUCAGCGGCGCACGGCCCAGCCCGGCCCAGCGCGGCGAGCGGCGGCUCUCGGGGCGUCGCCUGGAUCCGGCGGCCUGGGCACCGCGGGGAGAGUGAAUGAGAGUUUGCUCCGAUUUACGAGCAGGAGACUUCAACCGUCAUGUUAAGGUAAAGCAGAAAAGUGCAGUGCUGAACAUGCUAAAGAAGUUGGACAAAAUAAGGUUCAGAGGUCACAAGAGAGAUGAGUUCCUUGAUUUAGCAGAGUCUCCAAAUGCUUCUGACACUGAAUGUGGAGAUGAAAUCCCGGUGAAAGUACCUCGAACGUCAACUCGAGACAAUGAAGAGCUGAGAGACCCUGCUGGUCCAGGGACCAUCAUCAUGGCUUCAGGAGUCCAAGAUUUUAGCAGAACGGAGUCUGACAGACUGAAUGAGAUCAAAGGUCACCUGGAAAUAGCCUUAUUGGAAAAACACUUUUUACAGGAGGAACUCAGGAAGCUGAGAGAAGAAACAAACGCUGAAAUGUUAAGGCAGGAGCUAGAAAAGGAACGGCAAAGGAGAUUAGAACUAGAACAAAAAGUCAAUGAAGUACUUAAAGCAAGGACGGAAGAGGUGCCAGCAGCUCAGCAACCUGCAAAGCCUCAGACGCAAGCCAAUGGAACAGAUAAGCGUAGUCACACGGUCUGUUCGAGACUCCAGAAGUGGUUUUGUGACAAAUUUGGCGAGUAUGUUGAGGACUUCAGAUUUCAACCAGAAGAGAAUACAGUGGAAACAGAAGAGCCUCUUAGUGCUAGAAGGUUGACUGAAAAUAUGAGAAGGUUGAAGAGAGGUGCCAAACCUGUUACUAAUUUUGUGAAGAAUCUUUCUGCCUUAUCAGACUGGUAUUCUAUCUACACUUCUGCUAUUGCCUUUAUUAUUUACAUGAAUGCUGUAUGGCAUGGCUGGGCCAUUCCUAUGUUCUUAUUUUUAGCAAUUUUGAGGUUGUCCCUAAAUUACCUCAUAGCCAGGGGUUGGAGAAUACAGUGGAGCAUUGUGCCUGAAGUUUCUGAACCCAUGGAACCCCCAAAAGAGGACCUGACCGUGUCUGAAAAGUUUCAGCUUGUUCUAGAUGUGGCUCAGAAGGCACAGAACCUUUUUGGCAAGAUGGCAGACAUACUGGAAAAAAUCAAAAACUUGUUCAUGUGGGUCCAGCCAGAAAUAACACAGAAACUCUACAUUACUCUAUGGGCAGCUUUUAUUGCAUCCUGCUUUUUGCCCUACAGGAUUAUUGGGCUCGCAAUGGGACUCUAUGCUGGAAUCAAGUUUUUCCUCAUUGAUUUUAUCUUCAAACGAUGCCCCAGACUAAGAGCUAAGUAUGAUACUCCUUAUAUCAUCUGGACAAGUCUCCCAACAGAUCCUCAGCUCAAAGAAAGAUCUAAUGCUACAGUAUCAAGACGGGCAUCAUUGUAUCAUGGUUACGCUAAAAACUGGAUGCUGUCAGGGCAUGAAAAGCUUCAAACAGCAGCUUCCAGAAGUUACGUGGGCUCAAGCGCCCCAACUGGAAUAAGCAAAGAUGAAGACACGAGUCGUUUCCAUACAACCAAGAGGGGGAAUUUCCAUGAAGUUUUUAACCUAUCGGAAAAUGAGCGUCCUUUGGCAGUGUGUGAAAAUGGCUGGCGCUGUUGCUUGAUUAACAGAGAUAGGAAAAUGCCUACAGAUUACAUCAGGAAUGGAGUUCUUUAUGUCACAGAAAAUUAUUUGUGCUUUGAAAGCUCCAAAUCUGGCUCAUCUAAGAGAAAUAAAGUUAUAAAGCUAACGGAUAUAACAGAUAUUCAGAAGUAUAAAGUGCUCUCUGUUCUCCCGGGAUCAGGGAUGGGUAUUGCUGUAUCAACACCGUCUACACAAAAACCUUUGGUGUUCGGUGCCAUGGUACACAGAGAUGAAGCAUUUGAGACAAUUUUCAACCAAUAUGUGAAAAUAACCUCUGCAUCAUCAAGCAGCGAAAGCUAGUAUUAUCUUAGAAGAUCUAAAGGAAACUUUCUUAUUUUACAACUUGGUAGUAAAAAAAAUGAACAUCCUCAUCUAUUUUGCAAUAAUUUUUCUUGUCUGGUCGUUUAUAUUCUAUCUGUUACAUAAAUCAAGUGUAUUUUAUAUAUGCCUUCAUGUUUGUUUUUAAGGUUUUUGUAAAAAAAAGAACAAAAAAACAAAA